CCAGCAGAGGCAGUCGUCCGUUUUUCAGACCCCUCGCCAUCUUGGUUUUGGCCCGGCUACGUCAGGCUACGACGCAUUCAUUUCCUCUCCUGCGAUUGGUGGAACGCGGUCGUGACGAACGUCACGUAUAUUUGGCGCUCUUCCUUCGAGGCCGGUCUGGCGCGUUUUUGAAAGAGCAACAAAGUCCAGAAACAUGUAUUUUGAAGUCCUCCCUGGAACAAUUCGGAGAAUAUCCGCGUGACGCGUUUUUUUCCCCCCAGUCGGCCUUCAUACGUCCGUGGCGGACAUGUCGGGUCCGUUUCUGGUGCGCGCGAGGAGCGCAGCUGCUGUGAGAAUAGCGUCUUUUACCGAAGUCUGCUAGCUCGUUGUUUUUGCUCUCGUGCUCGAACGGCUGCUGGCUCCACACUGCUGUCCGCACCACACCGGGAGCUUUGCGUCUGUUGUUUAUCCGCACGCUGUGGGGAGUGAAGGGGAGAAAGGCUCUCUGAAGUUACACGUUCAUUUCAUUUUUUGUUUUAGCGGUGCCUUAAAGUUAUGGCUGGUGUUGUGGCAAUGGCAUCUGUCAUUGAGGACUUUGACACACAGCCUGGCAAGAAAUCUCGCAAAGAUGGCGGCAGUCAUUGUGUCAAGACAAUCACAAAUUAUUUCUCUCCUGUGCCCAAGCCCGUGGAGAAACCCUUUUCUCCCCCUCGCUCCAACAACAUCGCAGACUACUUUGACCGGAAGGCACCGUCCUCUAAAGCGAAGACCGGCUCCCCCGAGCCGUUGAAAGAGAAGUGUGAGACGUCGCAGCCCUCAGAAAAACCCACCGGCGCAGAGGCGGCCGUGACGCGGCCAUCCCAGAAACGGAAGAGAAAGGCCGGCAAAGUUGCGAGAAAACUUGUGGAGGCCGAAACCGUUAGCUUCGCCGAGGAGCCGAGCUGCCCGAUCGCAGAGAAGCCACAUGGUGACAGAGACUCGGCAGCGGAAGCAAUCGGCAGCUGUGGGACUCUUUCCAGUGACGCGGCGGCCCCCGUCGCCCAGCUUAGUGCAGAGGUUUGUGUCGCUGCCAUUAAGACCGUCGGCGUUGACCAGGUGGGAGAAGGUGGUCGCGAAUGUGGGAACGGUGUUAAACUUAAUCCAGAGCUGAGCAGUAUCGGAUUAUCUCCGAUUGUACCUUCAAAAGACAAACCGAAACGAGUGAAAACCGCUGCACGGAAUUCGAGGAAGGCAAAGCAUUCAGAACCAGAGGAGAGCGAAAAAGAGAGCUCCUUGUGUGAUGUUAGCAUGGAGGUCAAUGUGGAUGAGGCCUCAAGGUUAAACAACAGCACAGUCACCAUCUCCUUUGAAGAUUUUGUGCACAGCCAGAGCCAAGACGGCGGCGAAGGUGAGCAGGACAGAGAAGACAAAAGUAAGGCAGAAGCAGUGGACACUGACCGGUUGCGCACCCCUCAAGCCGAACAAAAUGUCUGUUCAGAAGUCUCAGCUUUUUACGUCUCCCCCCGAACUAUCACCAUCCAGGCUGAAGUGCAUGUCAUCUCACCCAAAGAUCAAGCGGCCAUGGCGGGGGGGAAAGUGGCUUCCAUCUUCAACAGAGGAAAGAGGACGUCGAGCCCUUUGUCGUCUUCUCGCCAGGAGGCCGAGCUGCCACUUUCUCCCUCUUCUCACACCGUCCGCCGUAAAUCCAAUGUGGUUCUUCUGGAGGAGGAUUUAGAGCUGGAUGUGCUUGAGAGUGAUUCGGUGCCCAAGUGCAAAGAGGCAGAGAGGAAGCACUUCAUGGCGGCCUUCAAGCAGCCGGGCCCGGAGGGGACCAAAACCAAGCCUGUCAAGAGCCAGAGCAAGCAGAGGCCACCUGGAGAGAAGGCUGGGGACGAUGCGGACAAAGUUGCUGAAGAAGACACUUUGAUUCCACUCUCUGUUGAGCGAGUCCCUGCUGCCGCUCGGGAAGACAAAGCGGUUAAAAAGAAACCAACGAGAAAAGGAAGAAAAAAAGCUCAAGAAGAAGAAGAAGUAGAAGAAGAGGCCACCGCCUCCCCACCUGGAGCUGCUCCCGUGGCAGAAACCGUGGCAACGGUUGGUGAGGUCGAAGAUGAAGAAGAGGUGCUUCCUGGUGGCUCCACCUCAACCCCCUGCAUCCCGAGGGCGCGGAGGUCCAAGAGAGAAGCUGCAGUCCGGCGAGCACCGGAGCUUUCCCCAACAAGCCCGAUCCGAAAAACCAGGAAACGCAGCGGCUCAAAGGACACUGCUGCUCCACCUGCUGCUCCACCUGCUGCUGCUUCUCCACCCAAUGCCGGCCCCGCAGUGAUCACCACCCCAAAGAUACGCAAGUCCAAACGCCCAGUCUUCGUUGCACAGCUGGUGUGCCCACCCGACACAAAAGAAAGCCCGAUCAGGAUCAAAUUCACUAAAGUCCAUAAAAACGUUUCCACGACCAAGCAUGAAAGUGGCAUAAACACUUCUUUGGCCGCUAAAACAACCAAUGAGUCUAAAAAAAGGAAGCAGGCGAAGAAAUUGGUGGAAAAAGCCCGAGUCAUUCAGCAAAGUAAAAAGAAGGCUGGGAAGGAAAAGGUCAGCAGGAGGCGUUCGUCACGAGGCGGGUCGUUGGGCAAGAAGAGCCUCCAUGAAGACGAGGAUUCUGUCAUCUGCCUGGACGACCAGAUGGCAGAAAAGAGUAAAACCCAGAAGCCUUUGCGCAGUCUGAACGAAGUUCUGGGAAGGGCAUCGGUUGGAAAGGAGACCAAAGCCGUCCCAGCCUCCGAAGGGACGUCGGCGGGACAAGACAAGGGCGCUCGGAAGGCGUCCGCCGUGAUCUCCAUCUUCGACGACAGCAGCUCCGAAGCCUCCCAGGACGACGAGCAAUUCAGAGCGCGCAAAGAGUUCCUGAAGAGCGGCCUGCCGGAGUCUUUCAGGAAGCAGAUGGCGAGGACGGCGGCGAGCAGGGAGGCGUACUCCCUCUCCUGCUCCUCCUUCCAGCCCGUUGUUCAUGUGGAGCAGCCGCCUCACGAUUGUCCUCUGUGGAGUCUGCUGUGGCCCGUGUCCUCGUUACUCUGUCAUCUAAAGGAGCCCUGGUGCCUGACAUCCAGCUCGCCCCCAUCGGUUACCGGCCCCCUUUGUGUGAAGACCAAACCACAGCGUAGAGUCUUUCCUCAACGGGGUUCUGGCUGGAGGGCGGAGAUCUCUGAAAGUGUCCGGCAGCUUCUAAUGGAGGAGGUCAGCACCUCCAACCCUCCUUUCCCCAUCCAGAUGUUCACCACUCGCUUCCUGAAGAGACGCGCCGACCACCAUAUUCAGCAGCAGCAGAGCGCUGCCUCAGAGGCGGCAACCAGAGUCCCGGGCGCCGCGCUGCUGGCCGAACCGGUCGGAGGGAAGAGGAAGAGGACUGAUGACGAGGGGGGGGUCUCUGUGAAGGUGGCCAAGAAGCAACGGGCCAACCGCGGAAUGGAAGAGAAGUUUGCGUCUGAGCCAGCAAAACGGGGCCGUGCCAGACGAACGAGGAGGUCGAGGCCGGAGGAGGAAGAGGAGGAAGCUCGGCCUGCAGUCCAAACUGCACCCGUCACAUCGGAUGACUCGGUGAUUGUGAUCGAUGACUCAUCGAGAGGAGAGAACGCUGGGAGAAAAGAGGUGGUGAGAGAGGACGUGUUGUGGACGGACAAAUAUCAGCCUCAACACUCCAGCGACAUUGUCGGUAACACUUCCUCAGUGAGGAGGCUGCACAGCUGGUUGAAGGAAUGGAAACUCCGUGCAGACCGCGAGGAGAGAAAAAAGCAGAAAGACAAGAAACAAGAGGAAGGCAGCAACGACUCUGACUGGGACUGCGGUGAAGAGGACUCCCAGGACGGAGAGGACAUGUUGUGCAAUACGAUGCUCAUCACCGGACCCACAGGAAUAGGAAAGACAGCUGCGGUCUACGCUUGUGCCCAGGAGCUGGGCUUCAAGGUGUUCGAGGUGAACGCUUCGUCCCAGCGUAGCGGGCGUCUGAUUCUGUCCCAGCUGAAGGAAGCCACUCAGUCUCACCAGGUGGACAGCCAGGGGGUCAACGCCCACAAACCCAGCUACUUCAACAGCUACGGCUCGAGCAGCAGUGGCGGGUCUCUCCGGCUCGGAUCCUCGCCCAGUACGUCCCGAGGAAGGGUGAGCUCUCCUCGUAGAGUGGUGUCUUCUCCCAGGAAGCCUCCCCAGUCCCCUCGAGGUGCUAAACGAGGGAGCCUGGCCCCCACCUCUCUGGCCAACUUCUUCAAAAUGGGUCAACCUGUCUCCAAGGAGACUCCUAUCUCCAAGAAGAAGGAACAAACAGCUGACUCCAAGAAAAUAAUGAAAACAAACGAGUGCGCCAACAAGCAGAAAGAGAAUAGCAGCGAAGAACAGAGCAAGAAGACGGCCACCUCGCUCAUCCUGUUUGAAGAAGUCGAUGUCAUCUUGGAUGAUGACUCGGGGUUUCUAGCCGCCAUCAAGACAUUCAUGACGACCACGAAGAGGCCGGUUGUCCUCACCAGCAGCGAUCCCGCUUUCAGCUCCAUGUUUGACGGCAACUUUGAAGAGAUUAUUUUCAAAACGCCCUCAGUGUCGGACGUCGGCAGCUUCCUGCGGCUCUUGUGUCUGACGGAGGACAUGAGGACCGACCCGCCGGACAUCAGCUCUCUGCUCCGACUCAACGGCUGCGACAUCCGGCAGAGUCUGCUGCAGCUGCAGUUCUGGACUCGCAGCGACGGAGGCCGUCGCGUGACCAGAGCGCUGACACCCACCAGAAGACAUGAAGCCGAUCUAAAGCCGGAGACAGCUGACCAGGCGUCUGCCGUGGACCCUCUCCCCCCCCGCGACACCGGCUGCACAGAGAGCAUGCUGGGUCUUUUGAACGUCGAGCCCAAGGGAGACAUCUGGGAGCGGCUCAGGAGUCCCACGGAGGCGAUGUCCUGCCUGGAGCUGCUGUCCAACGGCAAGCGGCGAGGAGUGGACCUGCUCUACUGCAACCUUGAGACACUCCUACCCCUCCCGCUGACAUGGCUGAGCACCGCCAGGCCAGAGCAAUCGGUUCCUGCCCCGCAAGAGCAUCCAAAGGAGCUGCCACCACACGCCAGCCUGCCGCACACCGCAGAGUCAGCAGAAUGCUCGGAAGACGGCAGUCCGAUCAAAAUGUCCAACAGAAUGAGGAAGAGCAAGAAGCGGCACGUUUCGCUCCACCCGGACGAACCCCACUCCGACUCAGACUCGGAAGACGGCUUUCUCUCCAUCAGCAAGCCGCACGUCGCUCCUCGGGCGGAGCAGGACCGCAGAGAGACUUCUGUUCGGCCGGCGGCGAAGAGGAAGCCGCUGACCCGCGAGGAGCGGCUAAAAAGCCUCCCGGUCUCCCAGUGCCUGCAAUCAAUGGCUGACUUUUUCGACAACAUGUCCUUCAUGGAUUCCUCCCUUAUGGUCCACCCGGGCGCGGGCGACAGUGCGGGGAGGCUGCCGCCGGUCGGCGCGGUGCUGAAGGACGGGAUGACGGAUGAGGCGAGGGAGGCGACUGACGGGUGGUGGUGCCGGGGCGGAGCGGACUGCAUCGCCUCGGAGAUCCCGGCCGCCGUGGAGGCUCUGAGCUUCCACGGGUGCCGGGUUUCUGUGGCGGAGGCCUGGAGCAAAGCGCGACAGCUGGAGGGGGAGGCGGGACGGGAGGCCGCGGUGGAACUCACCCUCCCCUUGGCUGCUCAUCGCCAAGCUUCCAGCUUCACCCAGGACGGCCCCUGUCAGCCACAGCUGGUGCGGCGGAGGAGAGAGGUGAUGGAGCGUCUGGCGCUCCGAGGAGUGUUUGGAACGCCGGCCAACAGACCGGCGGCUGCUGUUGACUACCUGCCGGCCCUUCGCACCAUCUGCCGGUCGGAGCAGCUUAAGGAGCAGGGCAAAGUGAAACGGAGAUUCCUGCACUACCUCGACGCCAUCCACCUGGGUCUGGACAAGAGGACUCACCAGCAGCUGGCCGAAGACUUCCCCUGAUGCACGCGGAGCAUCACACGUGUCUUUACGGCCUUCCCAGUGAUCGCACCUCUACGGGACGCGCUUUCUGGGAGAAGGAACAAUUUCACAGUCGGUGCUGUGGCACAAUGAUGAACACUGAGGCCGUUUUGUCUCGUUUGGCGAUCAUUGGGGCGUUGAUGUGACACAAAGAGCUGGUCCGAGCCGCGUGUGACAUUUUGGUUUCACGCGUCUCUUCUGAGACGGAAAUGAUUGAAUACCGACGGUAUUUUCACCUGAAAACCACCUCAAACGCCGGCUCAUUCAGCACAUCAUAUGGCGCUUUCAAAGAAUGCACUAAACAUGAAUCUACUCUAUAUGAUUUUUGGAAUAUUAAGCUGAGUGUUUAAAGAGUGUCUUUUUUGUACAGUAGUGUUUUGUGUGUCAAAGCCACUUAUCAAUUUGCUUUGCUCUCGCAAAGUGUUUCUAUCUCGUAGAAAUGUAUUUUGAGAAGCGUGAUUUAAUAUACAUGACAUGGAAAAUGGACACUGUGUGAGUGUUUGUGUACGCUUUCAUUUGCCUACAUGACCCAGUAUAGAUGCACUCAACUUUUAGAAGUUCAUAACAGGCAGGUGGGCUCUAUUCGUCAGCCCUAAAUCACUUUCGCAGGGAGGUUUCAGUUGAUCUUUUUUCCCGUCUUAAAUAUCUACACAUGGUUCACAGUGGGUAUCAGUUGUGACCAACUAAAGGUUUAUAACAACUAAAUAAAGAAAUAGGCUUAC